AUGGGAGUUAGAGACGUCCGAGGCCAACAACUGACCCCGGGGCGCAGAGUGGAAAGCGGUUAUGGCCCGCUCGACUCCCUAUACCAGUCCGCCAUAGCCGCGACAAUCCUCGGCGUCAACCUUCGAAACUUGCGUGGGCAAGAGAGAGUCACUGUCGCCCACCAUGGCUCUCUGCACUCCGAGGAGGUCUGGCACCCAAAACUCUACGAAGACCUCUUUAGCUCCGUUGCUGACACCCGCCCGGAAAUUGAUGUCGCCCUAGGUUGUCUCACCCCGGCUGCCUCAGCAAGCUUCACCAAAAGCUGCCUCUUCCAGGCAGAACCUCCACGAAGUUUGAAGCCUGGUAAUAUGAUCUAG